AUGGCGGGCUGGAGCGAGACGUCGAUGGUGGCGGGCCAGGGGAAGAAGCCCCCUAAGCGUCUAGGGGGAAUGGCGGAGGCCCUCUCCAUUGCUUCGGAUCUGGGAUUUGCCAUCCCUCCCGUCCAGGUAGGGACGGGUUCAGAAAGGGGUGGAUAGAGUGAAGAGGAACAACACAUUUUUGCUCCAGUUCUAUGUUUGCCGCUUGUAUUUUCAAUUUUUAUUUGCGAUUUUUGUCUGUGCAUUUUUUUUUGGGAUCAUUGUCGCGUCUCAUUUUUGGUUCUUCGAAUUGGUGUUUGAUUCGCUUUUUUUUGUUUUUGUCUUUAUUGGUUUUCUGACGUUGGUGAUGAACUAAUGUGCUGUGAACAACGAAAUUUGUGUUGUACGGAAUUUUUUUGCUUCUCUAUUGAGAAUUUUUAUGCAUUCCUGUAACAUACGUCUGUGGGAGAUAUGCUGUGUUGGAAAAGUCAUGGAACAGAGAAGACGUGGCGUGAUCAAGAUCCUUUCAAUAUGAUGCGACAUCGUCGCACGUGUAGCACAUCGAUGAAUGUGAAAUCUGGGAUUCUUGCACAGAAUUGUCUUUCUUUGAUGCUGUCGAUUUGCUGAUGCUUAUUAAGCUUACACCUUUUCAUAGGAAGACAGGCAAAACAUGCCUAUCUCAUCUCCCGGCGAUAAAAAUGAUGAGCUGAUAAGGAUUCUGAGAGAGCUUACUUCGGUUCAACGAAACAUUGCUACUUUGCAAGUGGAACUACAAGGAAGGAAGGUUAGGCUCAUAAAUAAUUGUUUAGUAAUCAAUUUUUGAUUUUUUUCUUGCAUGCAUAUGUUUUUCCCUAUUUAUUAUCGGACCCAUUCACAUUAUCAGUACCGUAAGAACUGUCAUCAGUUACCUAUGAUAGUGAGUGGGUAUCUUAAUUGUCCUUUUCUUAAUGUGGAGUGCUCAACUACAUUCAUGCUUACCUCUUCUGUUUUCCAAUGCAAUCUUUGUAUGCUUCAUAAUAGUCAAUUUUUACUCUGGCUGAAUGAUUGCACCCAUAGGCAAUUAGAUGUUUUAAGGGAUGCCUCCACUGAUUCCGAUUCAAAUAUGGUGGAAUGACUUAUAUAUAAGGUUUAGCUGAAAAAAUGUUAAUUCGGAUUUGUGGAACGCUAGUCUGCUGUUACUUGUUUCGUCAAGUUGACGUGUAUCUGGUAAUCACGUAAGUUGACUCAUUUUUCACGGUUUUUUUUAAUACUCGAAUCACAAUUUUCAUCUGAGUCCAUAUUUUAGGGUUUUGAAAUAAGUACAUUUUUUCUAUUAAAGGAAUAUAAGAAUUAAAUUUCUGCAAGUGAGCUCCAAAUCAGCUUGUAUUAUUGCAGUUCACGACCAAAUCGUUGUAACAUGAGCAUAUUUUCUGGUUGUCUUAUCAAAGAUCGAUACUGCCAACCUCGGAAUCUGCUAGCAACGUAGCUAACCUAUUAUUGGCAUCAAAUGGCUUCAGAAGUUUAUGGUUCCCUAGUGUUGCAUUCAGUUAAAGCAUUACUUUUGAGUUUUCAGGAUGACAAGAAUGUUGCUCAUCUAACGCAUGUGAGUGAAAUGGAAAAGAAGAUCGAGUCCUUGGCAAGAAUGACUACCAUCUUGAAGGACGUCAUUCAAAACAAGGUGAGACGUUUCUACAACACACUGUUUAUGAUUUUUUUCAUCUUUCACCCCAUUGAACGUUCUUACUUCUUCCUAGUUCAGGAUCUACGUUAAAGUAAUUUACCAGGACCUUUUGGUUCCAGUAACCUCAAAAGUUCUUCCUAUUAAUAUCUCUGAAUAACUCGCUCUGAGGGUCAUGGUCAGGGUAAAUACAGCCAUCUUGAUUGGAAGUGGGAUGAAUUAGAUGGGGCAGCUUGACCCAAUCGUCCCUGCAUAUCUCCUAUUCCUGGAGAAUCGGGCCUGAUUAACUAGAAAUGUUAGAAGUAUUUGAUGAUAAUCUGCAUUAAAUUUGUCAGGCAGGAUACAUUCUUAUCGGAGUGAAGGGAAUUUCUUCAAUUUUCAUCAGGUGAACUUUGGGAUCAAGUGUUAUGUGGAAGAAUCUACUAAUGUCGGAUGAUAGUCGGGUUUUCAGGGAUGAUUAGUAUUGAAAUACUGCUUGCCGUAUGCGCUGGAAUGAGGGGUUUUUAGCAUUGAAAUACUGCUUUAAGUAAAGAAGUGUUUGAUUCCAAGAAGAAAAGUGUGCACGAGUUCUAAAUCAGCAUAUUUCUUAUUAAUAUCUGUUUAAUAUCAUGCUGAUUGUUUAGAUGGCAUAUAGUUCUGGAGUUUCAUUUCUUGUUUGGGAUUGCUCCUACGGUGUCUUGGUCAAUCAUAGAUUUUUCGGACUCAGCUGCUGUGGGAACCUAGGAAACCUAGGAAACCUAGGAAAACCAAUUAUUAUUAUAUUAUGAUAGAUUAUUAUUAUUAUGAGUUGCUCAAAUCUCUCAUUGUCCCCAACACCAACCCGGAAGGAAAUCACAACUCUCAUUGCAACCUACAUGUAUCUACAAGUUCUCAGCGAGAUCAAUGGAUGCUUGCAAAACGAAGAAAUCACAACUCUCAUUGCUUUAGAGAAUUAUCAUCGUUGAAGGUGAUGCGCUUUUUUUCUUGCCAGGAUCGUAUCAUUGCUCGGCUUCAGCAACCAUAUUCUCUAGAUUGCAUUCCAGUGGAAGCAGAAUAUCAGGUGGGCCAUGCUUCUUUGAUGUUCAUUAUAAUAUGGACCUCGUGGCUGCAGAUAUUGUUCCAACACUUUCGUAUCAUCUAUAAUUUCAAUAAGCAGGUGAAGAAAAAAAUUAAAAAAAUUCGAUUUACUAAAAGAAAUACCAAUUUACUAUUUGCAGUAAUUAGAAUCCUCUUUUUCGGGGUUCUGGCCAUUAUUAUUUGUAUUUUAUUUAUUUAUUAUGGUAGAUAGAUCAAUGCCUUCAUGUGGGUUGCUACAAAUCUACGGUGACAUUUUUUGUUUCGAUUUUAGAAACAAUUUUCGGAGCUUCUACUGAAGGCUGCAAGUGAUUAUGGGGCGUUGACUGCAUCCAUCGCUGACUUCCAGUGGAGCCAGAAUUUCAAGGAACCACCGUCCGUCUGGGGGGUAUGUUUCCUCCUGCGUUGACCUUUAGUAAUGUCGUGAGUUUCUUAUAUGAUGAUUUAAGUUUCUAUUGUUCACAAAUAGAAAUUCCGCUCGCAAUUUCUCUACAAUCUUACAGAAAUUACUUUGGGUUGGUUGAUUUUAGGGAACUUAUUCUGCAUGAUUUCUGGGGAAAUUAUUGUAGUUAGGAUAUAUUAAUAUUCAUCGGCUUCUCGAUGUUUUGCUUCUAAAAAAGGAAAUGCUGCGUCCGAUUCCCGCCGCCCUGGCGUCGUGCACGCGUUUCUUCGAGGCCUUGUCGGCUAUGAAGGAGUCCUUCGAGACUCUGCAAGAGUUCCGCGUCGGCCACGCGUCCCCCCCGCCGCCCGCCGCCGAGUUCGUGACGCCGCCGCCGCCGCCACCGCCGAGAAGGGAGGCGGCGAGCUCCAACGACUCCGUCCUGGGCAGCUGGAAGACGCCGGAGGGUGAGAACAGAGUGGAAGUGGACGACCAGAGGAGGUCCUCUUGGCCUCCUUCCCUCGACAGGAGCCUGUAA